AUCCAGUCUCCUAGUUUCCGAAUAGCGUCAAAAUGGCAGCCAUUGAAACGCAAGAUGAUGCUAAAACAGUAAAACAAACUUUCAAUAGCUGGGUGGAUGAAGUGUUUAAAGAAAACGAUUCAAAACCAGUCUGUCUAUCACUUCAUCUGAUUGUUCAAAGGCAUCUUCCCCCAGAAUCAUCAGAAUGGUCACAUGAGGAAAUAAUUAAAGAAUUGAACAAAAAAAGACGCAUCCGCCUCGACAGAGAAAACAUCGGCCAAAUUGAUAGCUGUGAGCUUUUAAGUGCAGAUGUAACACAUCUUUAUCUUCAAUUUAACAAAAUUUCCAAAAUUGAAAAUUUAGAAUGUCUUCCUAAUUUACAAGUUUUAAUUUUAUCAGAAAACAAGAUUACAACUAUUGAAAAUAUUGAUCAUUUAAAUAAAUUGGUUUUCUUAGAUGUUUCUAAUAACCUUAUUGAAGAAGUACAAGCAGAAAACUUGCCACAGUCAAUUAUUAUUUUAAACCUGUCUGGAAACCCAUGUGUCAGUCAAUCAUACAAAUCAAACAUAAUAAAAAGGCUGCCUAAAUUAAAACACCUGGAUGGUGCAGAAAUCUUAAAAGAGGACAAACUGGAAGCUGGGGUAGAGGUGGAGAGCAUCUGUGGAAAUAAUGAAAAUCAAGGGGAAGAAACCACUGAUGAGGAGGAGGGCAGUGAGGAUGAAGAUGAUGCAGAAGAAACAGUUACAGAUAACAUUGCCAGAAAAGGAAAGCUGACAGCUGUGGCUGCACCACUUGAGGCCAAGAGCCUCAUAGGCUACAAAAAACUACCACAAAUUCCAGCCAACAUUCAUGAUUUGGCAACAAACAUUCUGUUAAGAUCUCAAAGCAGAAUGGAGGAAAGGACAAAGGAAUAUAAAAAGCAUCUACAGGAAAUGACAAAUAUCAAGAUUUUAUCUAAAAUAAAACCCAUUCCUCAUAAUUUCACACAGAAAAAAUUGCCUGAUUUAAAAUAACUAUUUUUCAUAAGUGAAAAAAAAACAAAAAGAGAAAGUGUUCAAAACUAAAAGAUCCUUUAAAGUUAAAGCUUCUUUUAAUUGCAAUAAAUGUUAUAUAUAUUGUAUUUGAAUUAUGAGAAAUUAAUAGUUCAGGGGGGACAAUGGUGAGGCAAGGUAGGAACAACUAACCUCUCCUGCUCAUCAAAAGAUGUUAUUGGGGCAAGGGGAAACAUUCUUAUGGUUAUUUACUUCAACUCAAUUUUUUUAUGUCUUUUUUUAAAGUUUUGAUUCCUAUUUUGUUACCUAUGAAUAGGGAAGAACAGUAUUUUUUUUAUUUUGGUCAUACUUUUUUUGUUUAACUGAAAAGAGUAAAAUUAUUACACAUUUACACCCCUUCACUGUGUCUACAAAAAUUGGGUGCUAAAAUUAAAUUAAUUUUCAUCAUUUUGAUAGCUCAUAAAUUUUGUUGUUACAGACACCAUAGAACUCAAAUGGUUGUUAGUAGGCUAAUGGCUAGCACUUGCAAUGAUAUCAAAUGGUUUAAUGGCUGUUCUUGAAACCAAAAUAAAGAAAAAUGGCCAUCAAACUUAAGUAGAUUAUGUUUCAUUAAGAAGUUUUGAUUUUUAAACCUAACCUAUUUGUUUAAAAAUAUCUGUACAGUUAAUACUUGGCAGUAAAUGUUGUUGAAUACAUGAUUAUUUGAAGUGAAAAAAAUGGUGAAAUUUAUAAUAUUUAUUUAUAAUAAACUGUGGCUGUUGUCAGAUUAUGGAUGGUUCAAUAAAUGUUUUAUUGUUGCCAUUAAUUUUAGCUAUAUUAUUUUCAUGACUUUCAUGAAUCUGGACUAUCAAAGUAUUUGUUUAGGUUCAUAUGAAGUUUUUAGCUUACUGCUAGCAAUAUUAUACAUUUCAUGUAAUAUAAAAGGGUUAAGAAAGCACUGAUAUUAACCAUACUCUAAUUUUGAUUAAAAAAAAAAGAUUUUACAAAUUUCUUUAGUAAUUAAAUAAUGAUGUCACUUGAAUUACUGUAAAGUAGGACCAAGAAAUAUGCUCUUAUUUUUUACUUAUAAUUUGUAUUACUAAAACAUUACUCAUAAGCAUAGCACUCUCUUCCAUUCAUCACAUGAAUAAA